AUGUCUUACUACGACGUUGACGCGAUCCUGACCGACUCGCAAAAACUGCCCUGCACCUUCGAACUGGACGUGCCGGGCCUGGGGUACUUGGACGGCAAUGCCGGCGGGACGAUCAAAGCCGGCACCAAGAUCGAUCUGCCCCUGUGGCUCGGGGUCAUGUUGGCCGUGUCGACGGGAAACACGCCUGGCUCUCCCAAGCUCGUCACGUUGGACUUCCCGGCACCGCUGCAGCAGCGCGUUAUCAACGCGCUCAAGGCCGACCCCAAGACGGUCGACCUGCGCGCCCAGGCACCGCACUUUUACGCGCUCGGCGCUCGCAUCAUGGAGUUGUUCGACGAUCGCGCCGUGUUGGAUACCCUGUUAGAUACAUUCAAAGAACGAGCGGCAGAAAUCGCCGACCAGGCGCACAACCCCCGCGGCGCGUUGGGGGGCGAAGGGGCCGAGUUUCUACGAGGGCUGGAGGAGAGCGAGCGACAGUUGUUCAAGGCGGCGCACGAGGGCCCCAAGGCCGUCAGAGCGUGGACGCAGGAUUUGAAGAAGAAUACGUGA